AUGCAGCUGGCGGAUUCGCGUGCAGCGGCGAGACGACCGAUAGGCGACGAGCCGGGUUUCGUGACGCUGGGCGCAGAGGUGAGCCGAGUAGGCAUAAGAAUGCCAGAAUUUACAUCCGCGGAUCCGGAAUUGUGGUUCAAAAUAGUCGAUCGAAGUUUUCAGGCCGCGGGGAUCACUGUCGAUGCGACAAAAUUCGGAUAUGCGUUAACGGCGAUUGGUCCGCGAUAUACCGCCGAAGUGCGCGAUAUUAUAAUGAGUCCCCCCGCGGAGCGCGCGUACGAGACGUUAAAAGCGGAGUUGAUAAAACGACUCAGCCUCUCGCAGGAGCAUAAGACUCGGAGACUCCUGGAGCACGAGGAGAUCGGAGACCGGAAGCCCUCACAGUUCUUGAGGCAUCUCCGAGGGCUUGCCGGAAACGUCGUUGAUGGAGUGUUUACGGUGUGGCUGUCGCGUUUACCCGCGUACAUCCAGCCGCAUCUGGUGACGCGUGCCGAGGAUACCGUCGAGCAGCUGUCGAAGAUGGCGGAUGCAAUAAUUGAGGCUACCCGUGCGCCGGCGUUCCGAGUCGCGGAGGCGACGCAGCUCCCGGUGCCGCGGGUCGAAAACCGGGAUACUAUUACUACAAUCGAGGCAAGAGUCAAUUUACAAAUCGCACAGUUGCGCUUGACUCUGCAGCAAGAGAUGGCUGAGCAGAUGACGGCUAUGCGGAGAUCCAUCGAGGCGCUUCGGGGCGCAGAGAGAGACGACGAACGUCGCGACGGCGGGGGCCGUUUUCGCGGUAGCGGAGAUCGCUUUCGCGGAGGUCGACGGGCGCGGUCGCGGUCGCAUUCGCAGAACCGUGGGCUCGCGGUUGGUGGCCCGUGCUACUUCCAUUGGCGGUUCGACGAGGAGGGGACACGAUGCGAGCCUCUCUGUUCCCAACAGCAACAGGAAAACGCGGUGGCCCAUCGUUGA